AUUACGCAGUCCAAUAUGAGUCACUAAAAUAUGUCGGAUCCAUUUAUUCAUAAAGGAUAUUCAGAAUCGGAAAGCGAACAAAGCGAGAUUUUUGUCGUGUGUUUGGAAACAGCAGUGGAUGGAAGAACCCCAUUAACAAACAGUGCAGAUGGCGUUUAUGUCUAGAUUCUCCCGAUCACGAAGCAAUUCAAGGUCUCCUAGCAGAAGGGAUUCAGAAAAAGGGUCUCCAGUAUUGAGCAUCACUGAACUUGAGCGUCUCCUGUACACUGGAAAAACAGCUUGUAAUCAUGCUGACGAGGUUUGGCCAAGACUCUAUAUUGGAGACCAGGACAUUGCCUCAAACCGGCAGGAACUUAUAAAGCUUGGGAUCACGCACAUCCUCAAUUGUGCACAGAGCAAAUGGCGGGGUGGUGCGGAGAACUACGAGGGAAUGAAUAUCACCUACCAUGGCAUUGAGGCUCACGACUCUCCCUCCUUUGAUAUGAGUGUCAACUUCUACCCUGCUGCAGAAUUCAUUCACAAAGCUCUCAGCAUGGGAGGAACUGUGCUUGUGCACUGUGCAGUAGGGGUUAGUCGUUCAGCUACUCUAGUGCUGGCCUACCUUAUGAUUCGACAGAACAUGACCCUUGUAGAAGCCAUUAAGACAGUCAAGGACCACCGAGGUGUCAUCCCCAACCGAGGCUUUCUCCGGCAGCUCAGUGGCCUAGACAGCAUUCUUCGCGCCAGUCGAAAGACAACCUAAAACCACCGGUAAACUCUGGACACCCAUCUCCAAACCCAUUGCCUUGGCCAAUGUGUGUGCAUGUAGUACCAUUUUUCAUACUGUUGUUCUGUGAUCAGUAGAGAUGCCUUACUACAUUAAGACCUCUUGAGGUGUGCAUACUGCCUUAUUCAGUGUUAACCCUGACAUUUUGUUCAAAUGACCACAUCACUGACCUCCUUUAACCAGUUUGGUUUCACUUUUCUUGAAGUGGGCUCGCAUAAGUAUUCACACCCAUUGAAGUUCUCCAUAGUGUUCUAACCUGGAACUGAAACUUGAGAAUAUUCAUCAUUUGAACACAUUUGAGUUUGUUGUACACAAAAUAGAGAAAAUCAACAAAACUGAUAAAAGGUUGUGAUUGCAUAAAUAUUCACCCCACUGCUGUGAAACCAGUUGCCUGUUGAAUGGAGCUGACUUAUUUGCAAUUAAAGUAUCACAUCUCAGUUUUUUGGAAGACCUCAAAGUUUACUAGACAUUUAAGCCAAAAUUCUGUCAAAGCAUAAAUCAGGGUUUGAUUAUAUGUACAGAAAGGCAGAGCCACGCCUCUAGAGGUCUCUAGUGAAGGCUGUUCACCAAAGGUAUGUGUGUCGAUAAGGAGUAAGUCCACGGAAGGUGAAUACUUAUACAAGCCACUAUAAGUCAAAUCCCAAAGCAAACAAGAAACAGUGAAGGAAUUAUUGGUGCAUAUCCAGCUAUAGUUCGAUGCUAUGAGUAUGAAUGCUGUAUUUUAGAGAAACAAGCUUCUGAGUUUUGGCUGGUUAUCAGAGUGAAGCUAGAAUGGGUUCAAUUGUAUUCAAAUUAGUACAAACAGUCAAGAGAGACCAUUCCACUAUGUUAGCGAGAUUCUUGCAACAUACAGUAUCUGCUAAUAAGCUGCUUGUUUUAAGCUGCUUUUCUCAAAUGUCAUUUUUUUAAAGAUUAGGGUUAGUAAUUAAACCAUGACCUCAUGUUUGACAAAAUAUUUACACAGACUUUAUGCAGCCAUCUUGUGUUAGGUGGCUCCUCAUGUAGCAGUGACUUGGCCCUUCGCCUUUUGUAUGAGUUCAUGCAAUAUACUAGAACUGCAGGAACAUCAAAGAUGCAUCUGUUUUUUCAUUCAUUUCUGAUAAUUAGGAUUUUGUAGUCAACAGAACAUAUAAAUUAUCAAAGAAUUUUACAAAACCUUCAAUUUUGUCCACCUACACUUACAUUUGUCCUGCCUUAACAAGUGGUAUUUCAUGUAGUAUAAAGUAUUAGGCUAUUAUUAUACAUUGUUUGCAUAUGAAAGUGUUAUUAUGUGACUCACCUAAAGGAGAAUCAUUUAAGGUAUGGUUUUAGUGUAUUGUUUCUAAGUUUGUUUAUAUGGUAAAUUUUUUAAAUCGGGACCACAAAAAUUUCAAUAAGAGGAACAAUACUGCACACCAAAUUGUGUCUUAUUUGUCUAUAGUUUCUCUACACUCUUUAAGAUCUGAAAGAGAAACAGAUUUCAUAGAGUAGUGCUUAUACUCUGUGUGUAUGUGUAUAAAUAUACAAGCAUAGGUAUUUCUAAAUUCAUAAGUAAUAAAUACCUCAAUAGUGUCAGUAUUUGUAACAUGCUGCAUUGGUAAUCAUUUGCCACCAAGCCAUAACUGUGUGGUGUGAAUAACCUUGGUGUGAUACCAAGGUGUUUAGUAUUAGAAUUAGCUUACCAAGAAUUAGAAAUGUGAUUAUGUACUGUAUACUGUAUUUUGAUUUGAGGUGUCUUGUGAAUGGUUCUGUAACAUUGUUGGUAACAUUUAUGGUAUCAUGACACAAUAUGUACAACUACAAAAUCAACCUUAAAAAUAAUUAUUUGAGUGACAGGCUCUACUACUUUAUAACUUGUAUCAUAAAAUCCAAACGUUAAUGUCACGUUUAUCAUCCUACAGCAGCUAAGUACUGUUAUAAAUGAUUACAAAACCAGCAACAUCUGUCAAAAUGCACUGCCCACAUUGUUGAUGAAAACACCUUCUGUGUAAAAAAUCAUUCAUCUGAUUCUACAAAAUACAUUGGCUGGGAUUUUUACUAUAAGAUUUUUAAUCAUCUUGAUGAGGAAUCAUGACAAUAACAAAUAUAAUCGAAGGUGGGAAAAAAAUCAUAAUUUCUAAAAUAGGAAGAACAAUAAGAACGUUCCAUUAAUAUGUACUUAUUUUUAUGCAUUUCAUAGAUGCAAAUUGUUGAUGACAGGAUUGCAUUUAAUUCAAACUGAAGUGUGAAAUAUAUUAUAAUAUGUAAUCUGUUUGUUUGUGUCCAUUUAUGAUUUGCCAAACUGUAUUUCAUGUUCUGUGCACAUGUUCUCCUUUUUCUAUAUUACCACUAUA